AUGGAUAUACAACUCGGCAGCAUGGCUCACGAAGCAGAUCAAGACCUUCUCCAAAUGGAACUGAAGAUAAGAUGUAUCUUCGAUUACCAUGUAUCAGAUCGAUUCAGCAUAGUUAUUCAGCAAUGCCUGAAAAGAGCGGAUCUAGCCAAUGAUGUUUUCUUGCUUAACACACCAAGAGAAAACAUUAAACACCAGUUGGUUAGAAAUCGUCUCUAUGACCGGACUUGCAUCACGGAUAACUGCGUGAUCUGCCCGUAUGGAAAAGUUGGAGACUGUGCUCAAAGAGCUGUGGUUUACCAGCUUCAGUGUUUAACAUGUGAUGCUUGCUAUAUUGGAGAAACUGGGAGAGGGUUAUGCGUUCGUGUGAAAGAACAGCUAGCAAACGAAGGUCUUGCUCGCUUGCACCGCUUGGGAAGCACAGAAGAGAAGGUCAUGCUGGUUGCGACUUUGACGUUAGAUGCACGACUUUGUCCUACGAUGACAGUAUUGGUGCCAGAAAAACUCUCGAGGCUCUCUGGAUAA